AUGACUGACAUCCUCAACAUCGGGAAGGAGCCAAUCUUUGACGAUCACAUUGUCAAGAUUGAGACUCACACAUACAAUCCAUUUGCCAACACAAUAUUUGGAAACAGCGGUGAAAUACGAAUACCUAUACAACAACAGGAUCUCUAUACGUUGCCACAUGAAAGUUUUCUGUACAUCGAGGGAAAACUAACUACUGCCAAACGAAUCGAAGGAUCUGAUGUAAUACUGGGAAAUAAUUGCGUCGCGUUCAUAUUCGAUGAGAUUCGAUAUGAACUUGACGGCGUGGAGAUUGAUCAAUGCGGCUGGGAUGUGUCGAACAAUGGGGAGGGAAAUUUCAAUUCUUGCGUACCGCUCAGCAUGCUAUUGGGAUUCUGUGAAGAUUACAAACGCGUGGUGAUUAACGCUCGUCACGAAUUGAUUUUAAUACGAUCGCGCAACGACAACAAUUGUCUGUUUGGACCUAUAACACUGGAACCACAGCUUGAAAUAUUCAAGAUACAAUGGCAAAUGCCACAUGUGCUGUUAAACGAGGUGAACAAGCUAUCGAUGCUGCGUGCUUUGGAAAGCGGACAAUACCUUAACAUGGGUUUUCGUUCAUGGGAUCUCUAUGAGUUUCCACUAUUGCAGCAGACGACUAAGCAUUCGUGGGCUAUUAAAACGGCUACUCAGCUCGAGAAGCCGCGGUGUGUUAUUUUCGCUCUGCAAACAAAUCGGAAGAAUAUCAUGUCUGAGAAUGUGAGUCAAUUCAAUCACUGCAAAUUGAGCAACGUAAAACUCUAUCUGAACUCGGAAUGUUAUCCAUAUGACGAUAUGAAUCUGGAUUUCGAUAAAAGCAAAUGGUCGAGUCUGUAUGAUGCGUUUUUACGAUUCCGGAAGAGAUAUUGCGGAAACGAUGAUCUUACGCCAGGUCUUACUGUCGACAAUUUUCUAGAAUAUGGCCCGUUUGUGACCAUCGAUUGUUCUCGACAAAACGAAUCGGUCAAGAGCGCGACCGUGGACGUGAGAUUGGAAUUUGAGUGUAAAGAGAAUGUACAGGCGAAUACCACUGCGUACUGCUUCCUUAUACAUGAUCGAGUGGUUCAGUACAACCCGCUGACCAAUGUCGUGCGCAAAAUCACCUAA